UCGCUCGCAGCCACGAUGGACCUGUUCAGGGUGAGGUUGAACUGCAUCGACCACUACCAGGCGACACCAACACGUUACGACCCCCAACUUCGCAAUGACAUAGGCCCUGCACAAGCCAAGAAGGGCCCCAAGGUCCCGGUCGUUAGAGUUUUUGGUUCAACGGAAACUGGCCAGAAAGUAUGCGCUCACAUACAUGGGGCUUUCCCGUACUUGUAUGUCGAGUAUCAAGGCAGCUUGGAGCCAGAGGAUGUGGGAGCCUACAUAUAUCGCCUUCAUCUUUCCAUUGAUCAUGCCCUGGCCGUCAGCUAUCGGCGUGAUCAAUAUGCAGAUAAUGCCAAGUUCGUGGCGCGAAUCACCCUUGUGAAGGGUGUUCCCUUCUACGGCUUUCAUGUCGGCUACAGAUUCUUUCUCAAGAUCUACAUGUUCAACCCGAUCGUCAUGACAAGGCUGGCCGACUUGCUUCAACAGGGUGUCAUUCUGAAGAAGAAGUUCCAGCCUUACGAAGCGCACCUUCAGUACUUGUUGCAGUUCAUGACAGACUACAACCUAUACGGCUGCGGGUAUCUGGAUGCGUCUGAUGUCUAUUUCAGAGGCCCGAUACCGUCUUACGACGUCGAAGGAAACUCCCAGCACCUCUGGCAUGACCAUUCCAUCCCAAGAGGCCGUGUGCUGGAGGACUUGAGCUUGCCCAGGGUCAGUCAUUGCUCUGUCGAAGUUGAUAUUUGCGUGCAAAACAUCAUCAACCGCCGGAUGGUGAAAGAACGCAGGCUUCAUCAUGACUUUGUGGAGAGAGUGAAGCCGCUUCCUGCGGAUGUUAAACUGGUCUACAGCAUGGCAGGGCUUUGGAAGGAUGAGACUCGCCGGCGGAAGUUGAAGAUGCCAAACGCAGACCCUGGCAGCAGUCCCUUCCCAGCUGAAGUUUUGAUCUCGAUGUCAGCAAAUGCACGCGACUCGCAGCCGCAAGGAUGGAUUCACGAAGAGGAAUACCAAGAAGAAGUGGUUAGGCUCAUCGAAGCCGAGAAGGACCCAGAAGACACUUCUGAGCCGAACUUCGACACCUUUGUUGAGCAUAAACCUCUGGAAUCCAAAGUCAAAACAGCGCUACAGUCUGUAGAAGAUUUGUACCCGACCAAUCUCUUGCCCGCCUUAGGUUUACCUUCCAAUCACGCCCCAUCAAACCAAAACCCCGCGAGCAGUAUCGAAGUCGACGAGCAGGGCGUUCUUGAACUAGAAGGUGAAGACUUCGACCCAUUUCCGGUCGAUUCUGACGAGGAGGCUCUCAUGCAGUUGGACGAACUUGGUCUGAAGAAGGGUGACCAAUUGGACCCGGCUGCUGAAAAUGAGAACACCGUGGGUACCAAGCUUGACUCCAACCCUACACCCAAGAAAGUCCGUAUCGCGAGUCCGCCCAAAGAUUCAACUGGAACAGAAAAUCUGAUUCAUCGAGCGCAGACGGCGCUCGGGGCUUUCUCAAACAAGAGACAAUUUAUCAUCGGAACGCUGCCUCCUGUUCUCAAGGACAUCACGUCAUCGUUGAAGGACUUGCAAAUACCCGAUGCGAUCUACCAAGAUGCAUAUUACAGCGAGGAAAAGGAUGUCCCUCCUCGGCCACGAGAAUAUGCUGGUCGGGAGUUCCGGCUCGAGAGCAACACGCUGCCCUACCUUGCAGACUUUGAUCCUUCUGGGACAUCUGCAGCAAGUGUGGGAAUGAAGCCAGACACGCCGUACGAUAGGACCAAGACAGACCAAGCUUAUGAGGCGCAAGGUAGGAUUUGCUCUUACCGAAGCUGGGAGAUAGCUCAACCACCACCAUCAUCUAAGGAGGUGCAAGAAUGGUGGGAGAAGAAGCAUCCUCCGAAGAAGGGGCCCAAGAAAAUCGAUGGUAAACUUGCAGGAACCCCACUGGCUUCAAAACGCUAUCUUUCUCAAAUCGACGGCCCUACACCAAAGAACAAGCAUGGCUUCAAGUACUCACCGAAAAAGAAGUCAACAAGCGUUAAGCAUGAGGCUCAGUAUAUGAGUACCAUGGCUUUGGAGGUGCAUGUCAAUACGAGAGGGAAAUUUGUCCCGAAUCCUGAAGAGGACGAGGUUCAAUGCAUCUUCUGGUCUAUCAAGGCAGACGGCACAAUUAGCGCUAGCCAGGACGCGGCUGGCGGCAUUAUUGCUGGUGUUGUCGUUCUUUCACCCGAUGGUGAGCUUGCUGCGCGAAUGAGACGAUACAUCGCAGCAGAAAUCUUGGAAGAGUCAUCUGAGCUGGAUCUAAUGGUCCGUAUGGUGGAGAUUGUCAGGGCCCAUGAUCCUGACAUCUUGACGGGCUACGAGGUCCACGGCAGUUCAUGGGGCUACCUUAUUGAGAGAGCCCGCCUGAAGUACGAUUAUGACCUCUGCGACGAGUUUUCUCGUAUGAAGAGCAACUCCCAUGGCCGAAUCGGAAAAGAGAAUGAUCGUUGGGGCUUCAACACGACCUCAACUAUUCGUGUCACAGGGAGACAUAUGAUCAACAUCUGGCGAGCCAUGCGAGGGGAGCUGAAUUUGCUCCAGUACACCAUGGAAAACGUCGUGUGGCAUGUGCUCCACCGCCGCAUACCUCACUAUUCCUGGAGAACCUUGACGGAAUGGUACAAGAGCAGCAAGCAACGGGAUCUUGACAAGCUGCUGCGUUACUAUCUUGCUCGCACACGGAUUGACAUUCAGAUCCUAGAAUCAAACGAACUGAUUCCUAGGACUAGUGAGCAGGCCCGACUACUGGGAGUAGACUUCUUCUCCGUGUUCUCCCGCGGCUCGCAGUUCAAGGUCGAGUCUAUCAUGUUCAGGAUCGCCAAACCCGAGAACUUCAUGCUUGUCUCUCCUAGCCGAAAGCAGGUCGGUGGCCAAAAUGCACUUGAGUGUCUCCCACUGGUUAUGGAGCCUCAGAGCGCAUUCUACAACAGCCCACUCCUGGUGCUCGACUUCCAAAGUCUGUAUCCCAGCGUCAUGAUCGCUUAUAAUCUUUGCUACUCGACCUUCCUCGGCCGCAUUGUCAACUGGAGAGGAAUGAACAAGAUGGGAUUCACAGAGUAUCAGAGACACAAGCGACUUCUGGAGCUCCUGAAAGACCACAUUAACAUUACCCCCAACGGGAUGAUGUAUGUGAGGCCCGAGAUUCGCAAGUCUUUGCUCGCAAAGAUGCUUGGUGAGAUCCUCGAAACUCGAGUCAUGGUGAAGAGUGGGAUGAAGCAAGACAAGGACGACAAGACGUUGCAGCAAUUGCUUAACAAUCGACAGCUCGCACUGAAGCUCCUUGCUAACGUCACCUACGGCUACACAUCGGCGUCCUUCUCCGGUCGGAUGCCAUGCUCCGAAAUCGCCGACAGCAUUGUGCAAACAGGGAGAGAAACGUUGGAAAGAGCCAUUGCAUUUAUCCACUCGCAGGAGCGCUGGGGGGCUGAGGUUGUAUACGGAGACACUGACAGUCUGUUUGUCUACCUCAAGGGCCGGACCAAAGACCAAGCCUUCGACAUUGGCAACGAGAUCGCCAAGGCUAUCACCGACAUGAACCCGCGGCCUAUCAAACUCAAGUUCGAGAAGGUGUACCACCCAUGCGUGCUGCUUGCGAAGAAACGCUACGUUGGCUACAAAUACGAGAGCAAGGAUCAGGUCAAGCCAGACUUUGAUGCAAAGGGUAUCGAGACUGUCCGACGAGACGGUACGCCUGCAGAGCAAAAGAUCGAGGAGAAGGCGCUCAAGAUUCUCUUCGAGACGGCGAACCUGAGCGAGGUCAAGUCGUAUUUCCAGAAACAAUGCGAAAAGAUCAUGCGUGGGUCCGUCUCGGUCCAGGACUUUUGCUACGCGAGAGAAGUCAAGCUCGGAACAUACAGUGAUAAAGGUCCACCGCCGCCCGGCGCGCUGAUUAGCACGAAAAGGAUGCUCGAAGAUGCGCGAGCAGAGCCACAGUAUGGAGAGCGAGUGCCUUACGUGGUUAUAACUGGUGCCCCAGGAGCGCGUCUUAUCGAUCGAUGUGUCGCUCCAGAAGAUCUCCUAAAGGACUCACACUCCCAGCUGGAUGCGGAAUACUACAUAUCGAAGAACCUCAUCCCGCCGCUGGAGAGGAUCUUCAACCUGGUGGGCGCCAACGUCCGGCAGUGGUACGACGAGAUGCCCAAGGUACAGCGAAUCCGUCGCGUCGACCAGACACUCGGUGGUGGGAUGGCCAAGAAGACUCUAGAAUCGUAUUUGAAGUCUGCAUCCUGCAUCUCAUGCAACGCCAAAAUGCAGGUGGAGGGCGUCCUGUGCCCGAAGUGCGAGCAAGACGCGCCGUCGUCUCUCUUCAACCUCCAGACGCGCCUAAAUCACGAAGAAAGAAAGUACAUGGAAGUGUGCAGCCGCGCGACAGAGGAACGCCUGGGAGACGGACGUGAAGCGACAGCAGCCAUGGGGGGCUGGACCGGCUUCCUGUUCACCUAUCUCCUGGGAGGCCUGACCUUCAUACCUUUGGUCGUCGUCGCCGUCUUCGUCCAUGCCUACCUGACUCUGCCCUACCGCCAGGAUGCCGACAUAAGCCUUGACGCCGAUGGCGGUCAGGACUCCGUCGUGCAGCCCGGGGACGAUCUCACGGCCCUGCAAGCCGCAAAGGCUGGCGAUAAGGACGACGGGCAGGCGAAGCGGCCGGCGACCCAGGACAACGACGUAGCAGCGGGGUACUUCGCCGUGUGUCGUGAAUACACGCCCAUGGGGAUCAACGCGAAACCCAUCGAGCGAGCCACGCCCACCGGGUCGACUACCGUCGCCGCCCCGAGCCAGAGCGUCUACCAGACCAUGUAUAAGAGCAUCUUCGAGCGGAAGCCGACACCAGGACCUUUGGACAGGAACGGGUUGAGCCAGCGUCCCAAGAACGCCGGCAAUGUCUUCUAUGUUGUUCUCAGGCAUGGGCAUCUGAUGCUCUUUGACGAUGACGAGCAGAUCGAAGUCCGACAUGUCAUAUCACUUGCGCACCACGAUGUCAGUAUAUACUCCGGGGGAGACGUGACGCCCGAGGGAGAGCUGUACAUCAAGAGGAAUGCGUUGUGUUUGUCGAGGAGGCCAGACGGGCCGGAAGUUGGUCCAGAUAGCCAGCUCUCCAAACCGUUCUACCUUUUCUCGGAGAACUGCUCAGCAAAGGAAGACUUCUACUUCGCCUUGCUCCGCAACCAGGAGCAGACUUUUGGCAAUGACCGGAUAGCGCCCAAACCGAAGCAAUUUGAGGUCAAGAACAUCAUAUCUUUGGUCCAGAAGCUACACUCUUCUGAAGAGCAUCUAUCCACUCGAUGGUUGAAUGCCAUGAUUGGCCGCAUAUUCCUCGGAAUUUACAAGACGACCGAUUUGGAGCACUUGAUUCGAGAGAAGCUCACUAAGAAGAUUGCGCGGGUGAAGCGGCCGUCAUUCCUUACUAACAUUGCCAUCCGCGGGAUUGAAACUGGCGAAUCAGCCCCCAUCAUCACUAACCCUCGCCACAGGGACUUGAACGUGGAGGGUGAGUGUGUGAUGGAGGCAGAUGUACGGUAUACUGGAAACUUCCGAAUCGAGGUGGCUGCGACAGCUCGCAUCGACCUUGGGUCACGCUUCAAGGUCCGCGAGGUCGACCUCGUUCUCGCUGUCGUCUUGAAGAAGCUUGAAGGACACAUGCUCUUCAAGAUCAAGCCGCCACCGAGUAAUCGAAUUUGGCUCUCCUUCCAGAGUCAGCCGAAAGUGGAGAUGACCAUCGAGCCUAUUGUCAGUGCUAGGCAAAUUACCUACACCAUUAUUCUACGACAGAUUGAAAACCGGAUCAAGGAGGUUAUUGCGGAAACAUUGGUGCAACCAUUCUGGGACGACAUGCCCUUCUUCAAUACAGAGCACAAGAAGUGGCGAGGCGGAAUCUGGGAAGACGAUGACGCUGUCGUCGGGUCGCCUAGCAUGGAGGCUCACGUGGCACAAGAGGGCGAUGUGGAGGGAGUCGACCGCUUGGAGGACACGGGGGACCUGCAAAGCGACCUGAGACCAAGCGACAUGAGGCCGUUCGAGAAGAGUCACAGCAUGCCGAUCGUUGAGAAUUCGUCGCACACUGGCUUGUUCGGCAGGAAGAUACAAGGCAAGGGAACCAGCAGCCCCUUGAACAGCUCGUCCACAAGCGUCGAUGUCGUGGGCUCGCCUACAUCACCGGCAUCUAAGCCUAAGCCGUUCAGAUCGCCGUCCGUAUCGAGUCCAGCGAACCCAGUGGUCGGAACGGAUGCGGCUCACGCAGACAUGUUUAAGCCGUCCAGUUCACCGCCGGACCAUGCAUCAAGCAUGAUGGCAGCGCUGUCUGCGCGGUCCCAGGGCAACUCUGCUGCUGCGACACCCACCGAUACUCCAGCAAAGCCCCCACCCGUCGCGAAAGCACGAAGCCAGUCCUCUGCGUCCUCUCGCGAAGCUACAGAUAAUGAGAACGAGACCGAUCGAACGCCGGUAGCCAAUAAGAGACGGAGCACGACGUCGUCCGCCGAGUCGCUGCGAGCGACCGAGUCAACAGAUCCAAGCUCACCAACGGCGGCAACUUCGAGAGCACCCUCAAUCAGGAGCGCUACGGGCUCAAUCUCCAAGGGCUUGUUCAGGCGAGACACUAACAGCACGGUGGCAUCGAGCGCCGCCUCUACAAACGGCGAAGGCAAACGCACUACGCUUGCUGCGGUCGCAAACGCCGCAGUCACAGCAAGGCAGUGGGGUUGGAACGCUCUCCAGAAACACAAGGACGCCAAAAAUGGAAACGCCAGUGAGCAAAAUCCGCCGGUAGACCUGAACCAGCCCAUGGGACGAGGACAACCUCUGCCACCACCCGGCACACCCCUCCCGCCUCCCGUGAAGGGCUCAAAGGUCACCACGAUCCCUGUGCAGAAGCGAAAGCCUAUAUCCCCUCCAGAGCUGCCCGAGCGACCCCAUUCAGCUGCGCUGUCCGAAAGCCGGCCGACUCGCAAACCGAUUCCGCCACCGUUGGUCGAAAGCAAGUCGGACCGCUCAGAGCGCAGACCAGUGCCGCCUCCCCCGCUGCCCUCACGCCGCCACAUCGACAACAGCAACGACGGCGGCGAAAACAUGCUUGUCGUCGAAGCGCCCCUCGACUCUGAGCCCACAACCCCAAUGGACGAGAACGGCCCUCCACCGGCAUACGUCCAGCCAUGGGCCGAAGACACGGAAGACUAUGAGGAACCGAUCUCUACAACCGCUCCCUCCCGCGAGAGCCGUGGAAGCAGCGGCAGCACCACCAGCGAAGAAGCGAGCCGCACCCCGCCGCCCCUCCCCGAGAGGCGCGCGAGCCCCAUUGAGGCGGUGCCCGCCAACUUAGACGAUGACGAUGACUACUCCGCGUGGAUGGAAGACGAUAACACCAACGACGUAUACGAGGAAGAGAAUAAGAAGCCCAUCAUUACGGGAAGCAAUGGGACUGCAGCCCCCGCAGCAGCGACGAGUUAA